AUGAACGGGAAUGCAGCCUCUGAGAAGCGUAACAUCGUCGUCGUUGGCGGAAGCUAUGUCGGCCUGAAAGCAGUCGAGUUCCUCACCGCCGCUUUCCACAACUCGCACAAAGUCGUCCUAGUAGAGAAGAACUCGCAUUUUCAUCACCUCUUUGCCUUCCCACGCUUCGCCGUCCUCCCCGGGUACGAGCAUCUAGCCUUCAUACCCUACACGAACGCCUUCCAUGGCUGCCCACCCGACUCUGCGCGGCUCGUGCGCGGGCGUGUCACCGCCGUCCGCCCGGGGAAAGUCGAGUACGAGGACGUCCUGGACCCUUCGUCUUCGGAACCCAAGUCGAUCGAGUAUGACUACCUCGUGGUGGCGACGGGAACGUACAUGCCGAGCAUAAGCGGGAAGAAGGAGGGGAUCGAGAGCAUGAGGCAGAGGCAGGAGAUGGUGAAGCACGCGGGGAAGAUAGCCGUCAUAGGCGGGGGUGCUGUCGGCGUCCAAACCGCAACGGACAUCAAGGAUCUAUACCCCGCCAAAUCGGUCACGCUCAUCCAUUCGCGGGACCGGCUCAUGAACGCGUUCCACCCGCGCAUGCACGAACUGAUCAUGGAGCGCUGCAAGGAGCUCGGGAUCGACGUUGUCCUGGGUGACCGCGUCAAGAUUCCAGCGGAGGGCUUCUCAAACGACGGGCGCGAGUUCGAGAUCGUGCUGAGCAGCGGGCGGAAAGUCACCGCUGACCUCGCCGUCGUGAGCACCGGCCAGCGCCCGGUCGCCGCCUUCCUCGAGACGCUCUCCCCGCACGCGCUCUCCCCAAAGACGGGGGGCGUCGCGGUGAAGCCGACGCUGCAGCUUGCGGACCCCGCGCACCCGAACGUGUUCGCGGUGGGCGACGUCGCGGAGCACGGCGGGCCAAAGCAGGCAAGGCCGGGGUUCCGCCAGGCGCAGAUCGUGACGGAGAAUAUGCAGAAGCUGGAGAAGGCGAGGCAGGAGGGGAGGGAGGUGAAGGAGGAGGAGCUGGAGACGUAUACGCCGGAUCCGGCGGGGAUCCAUUUGAGCUUGGGGAUAGUGCGUAAACGGAAUGUGAUAUUUCGCAAUCCGCCGACGCCGGAGGGCGAGCCGCAGUAUGAGAUGAAAGAUGAUGGGGAGGAGACGGUGAAUGCGGCGAAGGUGUGGGCGAUGCGGGCACCUGGGAUCACGGACUAUCAUUUAUAG